ACUCUGGCUUCGAUUGAGUGGGCUUGCAAAGAGCUUUAUACCACUGGAGAUCCGGCUGUCCGUGUGCAAGCAGAGAAGACGUGCACUGGCAUCUGUGAGCGCCCUGACUGCAUAGCCACGUGCAAGAGCCUCCUUGAGCGUGGCGACUCCUGCUAUUCUCAGUUUAUUGCCGCCUCUACGCUAACCAAGUACAUUUCCAAUCGAGAUACUGUGGUUCAUGUUGGUCUUCGUCUUCAGUUGCGUAACUUCGCUCUGAAUUACCUAGCCACACGGCCAGGGCUUGAGUCGAUUGUCCAACAGGCUCUCAUAGCACUUAUAUGUCGUCUCACAAAAAUAGGCUGGUUUGAUUCGGCUGAGGAUGGGCCUGAGUAUCCCUUUCGGGACAUUUUUGAAUCUGUGAAGAAUUUCAUCCAGUCCGGGCAAAUCAGUGCCAUCUUGGUUGGUGUCAAGUUACUAUCGAGUCUUGUGACUGAGAUAUGCCAAUCAACGGAGACGGAUUUGGCUCGCGCUACGUUUUUCGUGCGGAAACUCUUGGUGUCGUUUAGAGACCUCGUCCUCUUCUCUAUCUUUCAAAUGGGCCUCGAUCUCCUUCGGCAGACGGAUGCCAAUUUGAAGUCCUUAACGGCCAUUGACCAGGAUCAACUGCAAGUGAUUCAACACACCCUGGCACUUGUUCUGGCCUGCCUGAAUUACGACUUUGUGGGUACAGCUAUCGGUUGUGCCGGCGAUAACGGUAGCGGAAGUCCCUGCACAUCAGACGACAUGGCCUCUGUUCAACUCCCUGCUGCAUGGCGACCGAUCUUCCUCGACGCCAACAAUGUCGAUCUCUUUUUUCGACUCUUUGCUGGUCUUCCUCAAUCUCCAACUUCUCCCAAUCUCCGUAUUUUGAUAACCAGCAUUCGAAGAACCCUCUUUACCAAUGACGAGCGACAAAACUUCCUCAGCCCUCUGAUGGUUGGCUGUCUGGAGGUGCUGCGUCGACGAGACAGUCUCCUCUGCGAUCCUACUGUCUACCAUGAAUUCUGUCGCCUCCUUUCACGCAUGAAAAUCACCUUCCAAGUAGGUGAGCUCAUGCAGGUCUCGGUCUACCCUGAGUUCAUCAAACUCGUCGCAGAUCUCACCACACAUAGUCUCUACAAAAUUGAAGCUCGUUCUGUCGUCGCACCACAGAAUCUCAACGACAGCCCGGAUUUCAGCAACUCCAACAGCCUUCAUUACCUGCUCGCGCUCUGGCAACGCCUAGUGGCUAGCAUCCCUUACGUGCGCCUCUCCCAGCCCUACCUGAUCGACACCUACGCUCCCCAAGUGACGCGAGCCUACAUUGAAUCGCGUCUUGCUAGGGUUCCGAGCUACACGGAGUCAGGGUCCAAGGUGAAGCUAGUUCGGCCGGUCAAGAAGUCUUCGGCAAGUGGUGCUGGUGUUGACAAGUCUGGCAACCAGUACAGUCUCGACCUGACACCUGGCACC